AUGUUUAUAUUAUAAUUUAUUCUUGGAAUAAGAGACUCUCUUCUAUUUAGUAGUAGCAUUCAGAGAUACAUCUAUCCAAAGCAAACCUUGGGAUUAGUCGAAUUGCUGAAGAAACUCUUUAAGUAAGAAAUUUGCAAAGAAAGUCCAGAGAGUGAAGUCAUUGCAGAAAAAACAUUUGAAAGCAUGAAAUUAGCAUUAUAAUUCAUUGGCUGGAUGAUUCUGUAUUACUUUGUGUAAUGGUGCUUGAGUUUUGUGAUAGGUGAUAUUGCUUCUUCCUUUUUAUAUUGGAUAUGUGUGAUUGCCACUUAUUCGAAAUAUGCAGCAGGUAUGUGGAUAAGGACUUAGGAAGUAACAUAAGAAGCAAUAAAGAUGGAAACGAAUUUUUAUUUAAAUAGAUCAUUUGUUAGCUAUUAGAUAGAUGAAUCAGAAGUUCUAUUGAUGUUAGAUUAUUCUAUGACGAGAAUCAUUUUUAGUGUGUUGUUUCAGUUAUAAUCCAACAUUUUGUGCUUUGUUAUAGGAAAUUAUUUGCCAUUCCCAAUAAAUCUAUUAAAAAUACCAAUAUAUUCAUUAUUCAUUUCGAUCCAAAACUUAUCAGCCAAAAUCCCAUAUAAGAAACAUUUAGCUUACUUUUAUAGUCAAAAUGUGGGUUAUUUGAUCGGAUUUAAUUUUUUGUUUUCAUGCUAUCUACACAUAUCAUCAUUUCCCUUUUUUACAGGAAUCCUAUGGUUUAUUAUGCCAUUGUACUUGUUAAAUGCUAUACCAAUAGAACCCCCUAGAUUUGAAAGCAAUUUGCAGAAUCUUAAAAUUCAGGAUUACUUAAAUAUUUGCAGUGCUUAAAGCGAUUUAUAACUAAAAAGAGAUUCAUAUGUAACUCAUCUUAAUAAAUACUUUAAUGAUUAAAAUUAUGCAUCAAUUUGUGAAAAUUAAACCUCAUAUAUUUCAAUGCCAACCCUUUUAGUGCCUUGGGUUUUAUAAAUUUUGUAGAAAAUCAUUUCGAAACUACAAGGACAUCAACACGAAGAUUGA